UAAAAGGUGUAGGUACCGAGUUGGUUCUCCAGAAGCAGCGCAUGCAAACACAGCCAAGAAACACCUGAGGGACUGUUGAAGCUUUGCUACCAAGUGCGCGAUGGCACCUCCUCCCCACGAGAACGAGAUGACCAGGUCGGAGUCGGCACCGGCCACGCCGGUGAAGACGGUGGACGUGCAGACGGCGGCGCCACCGGACGUGGGGGUGACGGCAGUGGACGUGCAGACGGCGGCGACACCGGCCGUGGGGGUGACGACGGUGGACGUGCAGACGGCGGUGACACCGGCCGUGGCGGUGACGACAGUCGACGUGCAGACGGCGGCGAGGGAGCUUCAGGAGCAGCAGGACGGCAUGAUGUACCUGGACGUGAGGACAGAGGAGGAGAUGGGCAAGGGCCACAUCCGCGGCUCCCUCAACGUCCCCUACUUCUUCGUCACACCACAAGGGGUCCGGGAGAAGAACCCCCGGUUCGUGGAGCAGGUCGGCUCACUCUUCACCACAGACCAAUACAUACUUGUCGGGUGCCAGAGCGGCAAGAGGUCCGAGCUGGCCUGCGUCGAUCUCCUAGCAGCAGGGUUCAUGAAUGUGAAGAACGUGGGAGGAGGCUACGCUGCGUGGCUGCACAACGGACUCCCGGUUACAGUGGAAGUCCCCACACCGCCACCGACACCUGAAUCUGCUGCAGCAAUCUGAAUCAACUAGUAGUACGUACUACCUGUAGCAUCUAUCAAUUCUCCACCCACCAGUUCUGUGUAGUGCUCUGCCUGUGUAAAGCAUCUAUGAACGCAAGUCCAGGUGGGUGGAUGGAUGGCUGUGAUAAUAAAACAGAUCAGUAUGCCUUCUGUAGAAGUGCAUGAUCUAGCCAAUGCAACCAAAAGAUCGAUCCGAUGGAAGAAACUAGGCAGCACAUUAUAUGUCAACAUCUUCCACAGUAAAAGCAACUCUAGCAGAUCCCUUAUACCGCGGAUCCUUAUACCGUGUUUA